CUGACGAGGGUGACGAUGCUGCUGCCAUUAACGGGUCAACAGUACUCCAAGAAAGUCACGGAGAACUGCGUUGCUGCAUGGAAAGCCGCCGACGUUUACACUGGAGAAGAAGAAGCAGCCAUUAUUAAGUUACUGGAAAUUUUAGAGCUGGGGGGAGUUCCAGCGGCUGAGAGCGGUGUGAUAGAGAACAAGAAGCUGACGAAUGCGGUAUUGGAAUCCAUUAUAGGGGAGAAAGGGGUUUCCCCUGCUGCGAAGCAGAGCUUGGCUAAAAGAAUCUCUGAGUUUCUUAAUAAGAAAGAAGAAGAAGAAGAAGAAAAAGAAGAGAUUUUGGUUUUGGAGAAGGGCAAGUUGGAGCAAUUGAGGUUGCUUGAUUGUUCUCUGUAAUUUUACUUUGUCUGUCGUAUUUCCUUCUGUGUUGAAUAACGGUUGUUUUUCCUGAAUCCUUCAGAUUUGUUUGGAUUGCAGGAAGGUUUUAA